AUGGGACGGAGUAUUACGUAUUUAAGGCUUGUAGUUAUGGUGCUUACUUCGGCCGCCUGGUGUCUCGCUGCACCGAAAGCAGGAGGAUUAGAGCUUAUCAUACUGCACAACAACGAUAUGCACGCGCGGUUCGAACAAACUGGAGCAUAUAGCAACGACUGUCAACCAUCCGAUGUGGCUAGCAACCGUUGCUAUGGAGGAUUUGCGCGCGUUGCACACAAAGUUCGCGAGUACCGAACGAUGGAAGCUUCCGGAGGUGUUCCGAUGUUAUAUCUCAAUGCAGGAGACACUUAUACGGGUACGCCUUGGUUUUCGGUGUAUAAGGAUAACAUAACGGCCGAAUUUCUAAACAUGCUGAAACCCGACGCAAUCUCCCUCGGCAAUCACGAGUUCGAUCUGGGUGUAGAAGGGUUAGUUCCUUUCUUGAACGAGGUCGAUUUUCCAGUGCUGGUCGCCAACCUUGAUCUUUCCAAAACGCCGGAAAUGCAAUCCACCAGAUCUUUACAGCGAUCAGCCAUUUUUACGAAAGCGGGCAUACGGAUUGGAGUAAUCGGAUAUCUGACCCCGGAAACGAAGCAACUGUCACCGAUCAAUACGGUCGAUUUUCUGGAUGAAAUCGAAUCGAUCAACAAUGAAGCAACUUCAUUAAAACAGCAAGGAAUACAUAUUCUGAUUGCACUCGGUCACAGCGGGUUGGAACGCGAUAAAGAAAUCGCGGCCAAGUGUCCCGAUAUAGAUCUGGUCAUUGGAGGCCACUCACAUACGUUCCUUUACAGCGGUCCCGCCCCGGAUGUCGAACAACCGGCCGGUCCAUAUCCGGUGAUGGUGAAAAACCCUGCCGGAAAGGAUGUUCCUGUGGUGCAGGCGUAUGCUUUCACCAAAUAUCUCGGCUAUCUGCACCUGGAGUUUGAUGCCGAAGGCAAUCUGAUCGAGCUAGACGGUACUCCUCUGCUGCUCAACGGUACGGUCCAGCGGGACUCCGAUGUGCUGCAGCUGCUCGAGCUUUACCGACCCGGUAUUUUGGCGCUGGAUGAAAAGAUUGGACAGUCGUACGUGUUUCUCGACUCAAGUCGGUGUCGAUUUGAGGAAUGUAACAUCGGUAACAUGAUCGCCGAUUCGCUCGUCAUUACACAUGCGGUGACACGCGAACAGAGCAACGAUGGGUAUUGGACUGACGCCGCGAUCGCGUUUAUACAGGGCGGUGGUAUACGUGCGUCUAUAAACGCCGGUCCGAUAACGAUGAAGGAUCUGAAGACGGUGCUCCCGUUUGGCAAUGCGAUGGUAAUGACCGAAGUUAACGGCACGCAGCUACACCAAAUGCUCGAACAGAGCGUCCGUCGGUACGAUGGAGUAUCCGGUUACGGUGAAUUCCUGCAGAUGGCAGGCGUAAACGUAGAAUAUGACCUGACGCGACCUCCAAUGCAGCGCGUUGUUCAGGUUAAGGUACGGUGUGCAAGAUGUCAGGUACCUAUGUACGAAGACCUGAAAGAGGACGAGCACUAUCGCAUCCUGUUGAGCCAGUUUCUGUACGACGGAGGCGAUGGGUACGAUAUGCUUCCUGGCUCACCGCAAGAAUUGCUCACAUUUGGUGAGUAUGAAAUUACGGAAGAGUAUCUAAAGCGAUACUCGCCCAUCUAUCCUGCGGUCGAGUGGCGCAUACGUUUGACAGGGCGACCGACCGAUACCACUACCGACGGUCCAGCUGCGAGCACUACCACCAUGAUGACCACCAGCACGACUGAGGACAGUGGAGCUGGACGGACGUACGGCGUAACGAUUUCCACCUUCGGAAUAAUUCUGUUGUCAGCAAUGUUGACAUACACGCGACACCUAUUGUAA